AUGUCAUCAUGGUCGCCCACCAACCAACCAACCCCCGAGCGGGGAGUCCCGUCUCUUCCGUCGCAGCCGCUGCCACGAAACCCACCUGCGGUCAAGUCCGAAGAGCAAAAACUUCCCGCCGUGCCGGGCUUGCUUGCUUGCUCGCUUGGCUUGCCGUGUUGCGGCUUUCCAUCAAAAGGGUUCCGUCACAAGCUCCUUACUCUACACCGUUCCGUCACCGUUUGUCCGUUUCCCCUCAUCGCAACGGUGGCGGCGGCGGCAAAGGCCAUCGUCUUGUCUGAUAGGAUGGUGAGAGAGAGAGAGAGAGAGAGAGAGAGAGGCACGCAAGCCACAAUGCCUGCCUGCCUGCCCUGA